AUGAGAGAGACGUGGGCCAAUAAGAAUAUAUUUAAAACCGUUAAUUUGAGGAUAGUUUUCUUCUUUGGGUUGACAAAAGUGAAAGCAACACAGGAGUUGAUAGAGAACGAAAGUAUCGUCUACGGCGACGUUGUUCAGGGGAAUUUCUUGGACACCUACCACAACCUGACUCACAAGGGCGUGCUGGCGUACAGGUGGACUCAGGACUUCUGUCAGCAGGCCGAGAUGAUUGUCAAAGUAGACGACGACGUGUUCCUCAAUGUCUUUAUCCUCCUGGAAAGUUUUUACCCGAAGUUCAAAUCUAAGAAGCGUUCUAUUUUAUGCCAAUGCCUUAUGAAAAAUAGAAGCAAGAUCCAUAGAGGGAAAAACAAAUGGUCUGUGGGGAAGCGUGUGUUUCGUGGAUAUUCCCACUACCCCAUCAAUUACUGCAUGGGCUACCUCGUACUCAUAUCACGCGAUCUCAUCAGACCAAUGUACCGGGCAUCCUCUCUGACGCCGUUCUUCUGGGUCGAUGACGUGUAUCUGUAUGGGUUGCUUCCCGAAAAGUUCGGUGGCGUCAAGCAUCAGGACAUCAGGAAGAGUUUGAUGAAAAGCGCAAAGGUGGGUCUCAAGUGCUAUCUUGAAUCAAAGAAAUGUUCGUACCUGGCGGUGAUCGCUUGGACAAAGGAAAAGGGCUACUUCGACCAACUGUGGUACGCAGCAUUGUCACAGCUGAGUCCAGCAAUGAAAAAGGAGGUGAAUCCUUUACUAUUACCAGAAGGGUGA